CUCGCUAAACACUUCGUUGACUCUCAACUUAGCUUUUCACGUCUACAUCCUCCAUCGCAUAGCGGACUCCACGACAUGGCUCUUGUUGGUUUUGGUCUGACUCUUUCCGUGCUCAUUGUUCUCGUGGCUGUGGUGUUUCAAAAUGCAGAGUCGCCUUUCACGCCCAUCAUCGGGCUUUUCGGUUUUCUACCUUUCCAGCAAAUGUUAGGUGAAACGCACUGUUACGCUGCAAUCAAAACAAAUUCGGAUGAUAAAUCACAGAGUAAUUGCUUUACCGUGAAGAAUGGUCUGUUUGAAAGGGUAUUUUCGAACCAGUCGCUAGGAAAGAGCAACACUAAGACUGGUUACGUGAUCCCUGGAUUAUGGGAUGGUCAUGGUCAUCUCCUGCAAUUGGGUGAACUGAGAAACUCGGUGGACCUCUUCGGCGCAAAGGCCAUGUCCGAAGUUCAUGAAAGGAUCAUUGAAUACCAAAGCCACCAUAUAUUGGCAGGUACUAGCGAACAAUGGCUUCGUGGAGUUGGCUGGGAUCAAGCCACCUUCGGAAAGUGGCCAUCAGCGAUCGACCUCGAGAUUAAUGAUAAAUUCAGAGACCUCUACGUCAUGCUCGAUCGCGUGGAUGUGCACUGUAUAUGGGUGUCGAAGAAAGUAUUGUCUCUACUUCCAAAUCCUCUACCAGAGGUCCCAGGUGGCGAAAUACCUGCUGAAGGCAUCUUCUGCGACAAUGCGAUGGAGAUUGUUCUGAAACAUUAUCCUGAACCAACUGUCGAGCGCAAGACAAAAUUUAUCAAGGACGCCAUGCACGAGCUCAACAAGUUCGGUGUUGUCGGCAUGCAUGAUGCUGGUGUUACGCCGUCACACCUCAAGCUUUAUGAGACACUCUCCCUUGACGAAAAUUGGACUGUCCGUGUUUACGCUAUGAUAGAAUGUGAGACGAGGAAUACAUUCUGCCCCAAUGAAGCCAUCAAGGUUGAAACGCCCAACGGCAAGCUUCGCGUACAAAGCGUGAAGCUUUUUGCUGACGGUGCCCUUGGAAGUUGGGGAAGUGCCAUGAUAGAACCUUACAGCGACAAGGAAACGUCUUCGGGCUCACUUCUGGUGAACUCUACCACGCUGACCCAACUUGCGGUUGAGUGGGCUGGUGCCGGCUACCAGGUGAACAUACACGCUAUCGGGGAUCUUGCGAAUCGUCUUGCCGUCGAUGCAUUUGAGGAGUCUCUGAAAUCUCUGUGUCCACAUACUUCCCUUCGCGAUUGCCAAAGUAGGCAUCGAUUUCGUAUCGAGCAUGCGCAGAUCAUCCAUCCAGAUGACCAGCGCAGGAUCAGAGAUCUGGGGAUCAUUCCUUCAAUACAGCCAACUCACGCUACUUCGGACAUGUAUUAUGCAGAGUCGAGAUUGGGGAAGAAACGCACAAUGGAAGAGGCAUAUCGUAUGCGCUCCUUACUGCCACUUGGUCCAGUAUUUGGUAGCGAUUUUCCCGUCGAGCCAGCCAACGUAUUUGAAGGGAUAUUUGCAGCAAUGACACGGCGCAACCCACGAACUGGGCUCGAUUCCGAAGGGCGCAAAGAUGGAUGGUAUGCUGCGGAAGCAGUGACGCUCGAAGAUGCCUUACAAGGUUUCACCGUCAAUCCUGCAUUUGCUGCUUUUCUUGAGGGCAGAGCGGGAACGAUUGAAACGGGACAUUAUGCAGAUUGGGUGGUACUUGAUGAGCCCCUCGAGGCGUUGGAUGACGAAUCUUUACGCUUUGCGACUGUCAGGGAAACGUGGGUGGGUGGCAAACAAGUUUAUCGCAGGCCUGGGUCUGAAGAUCUUCCAUCUGAUGCAGUGUGA